GGACACCCGCGGGGAGCGGAGCGAGGGCCGGGCCCGGGCAGCACCGGCCGCAGCUCCCACAGCCCCGGCACGGGCCUGCGGAGCCGGCUCGGGAAUCGAGAACCGGGAGCUGAGAACCGCGAUCCGGGGCCGCGAUGGAUCUGGCGGAGGCGCUGCCCCUCGGGGAGCUGGCGGCCGCCUUCGCCGCGCUGCCGGUGUUCCCGCUGUUCGACACCGCCUAUUUCAUCAUCUCCGUCCUCUACCUCAAGUACGAGCCCGGAGCCGUGGAGAUGUCCCGGAAGAGCCCUUUUGCCUCCUGGCUCUGUGCUAUGCUCCACUGCUUUGGGAGCUACAUCCUCGCAGAUCUGCUGCUGGGAGAGGCACCCAUUGGCUACUUCAGCCACAACUCCAGUGUCAUCCUGGCCACAGCAGUGUGGUACCUGAUAUUCUUCUGCCCCAUGAACCUCUUCUACAAGUGUGUCAGCUUCCUGCCCGUGAAGCUCAUCUUCGUGGCCAUGAAGGAGGUGGUCCGGGUGCGCAAGAUCGCGGCCGGGGUGCACCACGCCCACCACCAGUACCACCACGGGUGGUUCGUGAUGAUGGCCACGGGAUGGGUCAAAGGUUCUGGUGUGGCCUUGAUGUCGAACUUUGAGCAGCUGCUGCGUGGGGUCUGGAAACCUGAAACAAAUGAAAUUCUUCAUAUGUCCUUCCCUACAAAGGCCAGUCUGUAUGGUACAGUCCUCUUCACUCUGCAGCAGACUCACUGGCUCCCUAUCUCUGAAGCCAACCUCAUCUUCUUUUUCACCAUGUUCAUGAUAGUCUGCAAGGUUUUCAUGACGGCCACUCACUCCCACGCCUCACCUUUUGCUCCGCUGGAAAACCUCAUCUGCCCCGUCCUCUUUGGCUCUGUUUCCAGUGGGCACCCAAGCCACCACCACGACCACCACGGGGCCUCCCACGAGGUUUCCCACCCUCCUCCUCCUCCUCCUGCCAAGUCCAAAGAGGAGCUGAACGAAGGCACGAGGAAACGGAAGGCAAAAAAAGCUGAAUAAAAAAGCAACGGCACAGAAAAUAGGCCAAGAAAAUUCUUCCAGAGCUGAGUCUCAAAGCCACCUGUGACCUCCUUUAUGCUCCAGUCCUUCUCUCUCAGACUCCAGAGGAGAGGUGGAAGCCAGGACACUGCCAGCCGGGUCCCUGAAUUUCAUUUUUGCUCUCUGUGCUGCUGCUUGCUUCUUGGUCUGUGCCUCUCUAUUCUGAUCAGAUUUUCAGGGAUUUGUAGGUUUGUGCCAGGGUGGUAAGUGGGUGCCAGUUCCCAAGCUGUCAGCAAAUCUGAUGCAGCAUUUUCAAUUGAUGUAAAAUCUUUCACUGUGUUUAUGAAUGGGGGGAAUGGUUUGUGUUCCUGCAACUCUUAAGUUCCUUUGAGAUUUCACUGACCUUUUCAGUGUCUGCCAAAACAACAAACUGUUAAGACACAAUGUGGAAAUCAGGUUUCAUUAAGUGGCCUGGUAUGAGCCUGGUCUGGUUUUUCCCAGCUCCCACACCUGCCAUAUCUCCAAGUAAUGUGACAUUUUAAAUGCAAUAAGGACAUGGCCUUUGGCCGAGCCAAACCCUGUUCACCUCAGUUCCCUCUGAUUCUGAUGGUCAGGACAUUGUAAUUUGCUCAGCCAAGUCUGUGUUUGCAAGAGCUCUGAAGCUGUGAAGUGCUCCCAGUGCCAUGUGUUGGCACUGUCACCAUCCUAGGCUGUGUGUGGCAUUGCUGCACGUUGUUACUGAGUGUGUCCCACCCCAAACUUGAUCCUAUUGAACCAGGGGAGAAGCAUGGCUCUGGUUUGUUUGUAAUCCUGUGGGAUACAAGAGUGUGUGUGAGUGUAAGUAUUUAUUACUAUUUAUUUAUAAUUGCCAGGGCACCUAAGUCAUGGACCUGAAUCUGGCUUUUUUUUUUAACAUUGCAAUUGGAAUUUCUGAUUGUGGCCCUGAGCCCCCAGCCCCGUGCUGGUUUGGGUUCACAGUGAUCUUGGUGUGCUCCAGGACAGCCCAAACACUCCCUGGGUGCAGGAAGAAACCUUUCCUAUAUUCUUAAAUUCAGAUAGAAAAGCUGAAGCAGGGCAUUUCACCAGCUAAUGAAAAACUACUUUAAAGGACUGAUAAAAGCACAUCAGCUGAAAACAUUGAUUACCUUCUGUAGGUCCCCUCGGGCCAAACUGCUGGGCUGUGAAUGCAGCUUGUGCCCAACAAGUGAAGAAUCUGAACUGCCUUGCAUGGCUCAGGAGGGUUCUGUCAGCUCAUUCGUGUUCUGCUUAGUGAACACUGGCUUUUAGAGUAGUUCAAAGCUGUUCUUAUAAUUGAUUUUGUUCUUAUAAAUGGCAUCUUCCAAGGGCUGGGAUCACACACUGAGAGUGGCAAGCCUGGGGAUGUAGCACUGGGCAUUUUCCAUCCCUAGCAGUGAGGUUUGCUGCUGUUUCCAUUCCAGCUGGGAAUGGAAACAGGAUGUAAGAGAAGUGAGGGUUUGUGUGUGUAUCCCUGUUCAAAAUUGCAACUGACGGUUAGUGAAAGAUAAGAAACCAUCCUUGUGUGCAGGCAGAGGAAAGCCAGUAGGAAAGGUCAAAUGAUCUGUGGGCUUGGGGUUUGACAGUGCCUUAAUUUUGUGAGUUUCCCUCCCCUUCAGUAGAAAGCAGGAAUUCUGCCUGACAGCUCCACUGUCUGGUCCUGCAGAUGCUGCUCUGCUGGAACCUGAUGUGCAUGCAUGAGACUGAAUAAAUGUUUUAUGAGAUGUCUGAUCCAAGGGGAAUUUUGUUUUAUAAAAGCCGUCAACAAAUAAAAAUUGUGAAGUGACUCUGAUUGUCCAGUGGCA